AUGUCUGGCUACGAAGUCGAACACAACAUCUCCGCCGCGGACGACAAGCAGCAACAACCUCCCCGUCGACCAGACCUCUCUACCUUCUUUUCGCAGCUCGAGCUCGUGGACACAUCAGACCCGCAGGCGCACACAAAUGCUCAUGCACUCCCUCAACCCGAACAUAUGGCAGCGGCAUUUCGCUUGCUGGCCAAUGCCUUCGAGAUGAUGCGCGGACGGCCUGCGGACGAGAGCAGUGGAGAAAACGAUUUGCUUGCAGACAUGAUCGAAGUACUACGGCAGAAUGCAGACGACCCGCCAAGCGAGCUGAAAGGCGUACCGGAUACCUUCUUGGACGAACUGGAGAGGGUGCCGAAGAAGGCCUUGAAGGCUGCAGAUACAUGCCCAAUCUGUGUGAAUCCUUUCCUCGAGGACAAGUAUCCGCUCGUAGUUCAACUACCCUGUCACAAGGAGCAUCGCUUCGAUUUGGACUGCAUACGACCCUGGCUUAAACUGAACUCAACAUGCCCUCUCGAUCGCAAGGAGCUUCUGGCGAAGAAGCAGCCACCGCCUAUAGAAGACGACGACGAUGGGGAGUACGACGAAAUGUACGCUUGA